AUGAGCUCCCUCCUUCUCCGGUCGAGCCCGCGCCAUGCCAAGUGCGCGUACCACCCGCUGUGGACGGCCCAGGAGAAGAGGCAGCGCUGUUGCUGGGCCUGCCAGGCUCUGCUGGACCCAGGCCUGCUGCAGCGGAAGAAGCCCUGCGCCAACCCUUGGCCCUGGACCAGGGACACCCUCGGCCUUGGGCUGGUUACGUUCAAGGGCUACAAGCUCAACGUCGACGAGAGCAAGCGCAAGAAGAAAACGAAGAAUGACGAAGCUAAGGCCUCACCAUUGCUGUGUUCCACCCCUGGGCCAAGCGUCUCGCACGCGGGACAUGCUACCGCGUUUGUGGGCGUAAAUGAGGACGAUGCCAGCUCCACCGAGGCCGACCUCGACAUGUCACAUGAUGACUACUCGUUGGUAGGGUGGCGGGACCACGUGGCUGACAAGGUAGCGCACUAUCUCCAUUCUGUCACCACCGCCCGCGGACGCCACGGCGGGGGCCAUGUCGACACGAUCGACGACCUGCUGGGCCUCGUCAAGUCAGCCUACGUGCGGCUCGUGGGGUUCACGCCAACGGACCAUGUCGCUUCCGGUACUGGCGAGUAUGAACUCCUCGUGCCUGACAGCCAGGAGGAGGAGGACGACGACGCUGGUGAAGAGUUCAUUGUGCCCCACAUUGCCCCAGUGCGCCCGCGGCCGGAAAAUAUCGUCCUCCCGUCUCCCGCUUCUCAGUGCUCUUCCCCCGACGACACAACGAGCGGCCGAUCCUACUCAACAGUCGAUAACGAUUGCAACGACGCACCGAGCUCCGAGCAAGCGGAGAGAACAUGCUGGAUGGACGUCGAAGAACUCUUGGGCGACAUUGACGACGAUGCAGAUCUUACGGACCCACACUGGAAGAGAAGCGCUGGGGAGUCAGAUGAUCAUUCCACCGCCACCGGCGCCGACCAGCAGGAUAAUCUCUACGAACGCGAUCAGGUGGCAGAGCCGGAGAGACCAGGAACCACUUCUUCCUCUCGUUUGGCCGCAUCGCCUUAUCAAGUGUAG